AUGUCAGAUGAUGAGAUUAAUCAGUUGUGCUUAAUGGAUAUAGACAAGAUCUUACAUUCUUAUGGUAAAACCUUGAAAGACUAUCCUCCUAUGCCUUUAGCAAUUGAAGUUGAUAGUUCAUUGUUAACCGAAAGGGUUAUCAGGGAAAAGCUAAACUUUAACAGGGAUUAUUUAAAGAAAAAUGCCUCAAACAUGGGUUUUUUCUUUGUGUAUGGUUAUGGGGGUACUGGAAAAACAUUUCUCUGGAACCUUAUGUCUGCUGAGAUUCGCUCAAGGGGUGAUAUUGUGUUAAACAUUGCUUCAAGUGGUAUUGCAUCUUUACUUCUUCCCAAUGGAAGAAUGGCACACUCAAGGUUCAAAAUACCGCUGAAUAUAACUGAGGAUUCUUUAUGUAACAUCAAACCUGGUUCUCGUCAAGCAAUGAUGCUGUUGAAAGCCAAACUUAUAAUUUGGGAUGAGGCUCCAAUGGUUAGUAGGUACUGUUAUGAAGCGCUUGAUAAAUGCUUAGGUGAUAUCAUGAGGUUUUCUCCAACAUAUAACAAAGAUUUUUCCUUUGUAGGAAAAGUGGUUGUACUAGGUGGAGACUUUAGACAAAUUCUUCCUGCCAUUUCACGAGAAUCAAGAUAA